AUGCACGACUUCCACGUCUUACUUAUUAAAUCAUUAAAUCUCUGUGGGGGACUAUACUAGUAUAUAUAUAAACACUGAAUGAUGUUCAUAUCGUAGUCCUAGUACAAACAUAUUAACCGAGAAAAAGAAAAAGAUUGGUAACAAUCAAUAAUACAAAGAUAAAACUGUGUGAGCAAGCAAAUGAAUAAGCUGCCAGAGGACUGCAUCGCCAAGAUCCUUUCCUUGACAACGAUUGCUGACGUUUGCCGAUCAUCGGCGGUCUCCAGGAUCUUCAGAUCCGCCGCAGACUCCGACAAUGUCUGGAAUCAUUUCUUACCGACUGAUUUCCCCGCUGGCUUUGCGGCACCAGCUGGUCUUCCCACCAGGAAACAGCUCUUCUUCUCCCUCGUUCAUAACCCUCUUCUUCUCAACGACGCCCAUCUGAGCUUUUCUCUGGAGAGAAAGAGUGGUAAAAAGUGCUACAUGAUGGCAGCGAGGUGCUUGAGUAUUGUUUGGGGGCAUGACCAAAGAUAUUGGCAGUGGAUCACUUUACCUAAUACCAGAUUCGUAGAAGUGGCUGAGCUGAUCUUGGUAUGGUGGCUUGAGAUCACUGGAAAGAUUAACAUGAGCCUUCUCUCCGAUGACACCCUCUACGCCUCUUACCUUGUCUUUAAGUGGAACGAUACUCCAUACGGUUUUCGCCAGCCUGUAGAGGCAUCCCUUGUCUUGCCUGACACUGAUAAUCAUGUUCAGCCUUCCCUGGUGAGUCUCAUGCAAAAUCCAGGCACUGAAGAAGAAGCUCAGUGCGCUGCUAUGAGAAGAGACGGUUGGUACGAGGUGGAGUUGGGACACUUCUUCAAAAGGAGAGGAGAUAUGGGUGAGAUAGAGAUGAGCCUCAAGGAGACUAAGAAGCCUUUUGAGAAGAGAGGCCUUAUUCUUUAUGGUAUCGAGAUUAGGCCUAUGCCCCAGUUAUAUCCUACUGGCUAAUUCUAACCACCUUUGCAGUUUCCAGUGUGCUCUUUGAUUCUCAAUCUUGUGUUGUUUUCUUCUUCUUCUUCUUUCCUUGUUGCAGAAAAAUAAAGAGUUUUUUUUAUUUAUAAAAUAUUUCUAUGUGAGCUGGUGUUUUGAUUCUCGAAAUUAUGACACUUAAUUUAUGUUUGA